UGAACACAGUAAGAUACCGGGGCUGUCUUCCUCACCUACUGCAGAAAGGUGGGCACUUUAACCUACAAAAUGCAGGCAGAAAAUUCAGCAGGACCGUCCGUUGAGUCUGAAAACCCUGAGGAGCGGAUAACAGCUCGUCGUCUCCGAAUAGCUGCACGAAAUGAGGCCAAGAAACGACAAGAGCUUGAAGUUGAUUCCCAGGAGAAGGAGGAUAUUGAAGAAGAAGCUCGGACAAGUCAGACACAAGUGGAACAAAGUGAAAGACGAAUGGUUAAGUUACAAACAGAUGGCACAGAGUUGGUGACCAACAUCCUGGUGGCAGCAGAUGCCCGAGAGUCAAAAAGGAGGGCAGCGCUAGAAGAAGCACGCAGAUUAAGGGUUGAGAAAUUGGAGAACGAGGCAAAAUCCAGCCUGGAGAAGUUUGAGGAGGUCACUCGAAAGUGGACCGCCGCCACGGCAAAGACGAUUCCUCAGGAUCUGAGGGACGCCCUCAACAGCCAGCAGCAGCUCUGCGCCCUGCUCAUUGAGAACAAGAACAAACUGAUUAAUGAACUGCAGCAGGAGCUGAAAGCAAGUGAUGAUCGCUAUGUGAAAGACCUGAAAAAGCAGACAGAAGAUGUGGAUAUCAUGAUUGAGAGGAUGCAGGAGCAAAUCACCUCUCUGAUGAAGUCCUAUAGACAAGAGCUGGACCUAAUUGAGAAUUCUUUUGAUGAUGAGCGGAAGACUUUGCUGGCAGGCAACAAGAAAAAAUGGGAGCAGCAGAGGAAAGAGCGGGGCAACAAAGAGCUGGAGUACCUUCUACAGCGGAUGAAACAGGUGGAGGAGCAUGAGGUUUUGCUGCAUCGGCUGAGAGUGGAACAUGCAGAGGAGUACAACAUGAUCAAAACCAAACUGGAAACUGAUGUACAGAUCCUAGAGCAACAGCUGCAGCAGAUGAAGGCUACCUACCAGCUUAAUCAAGAGAAACUGGAAUACAACAUCCAUGUGCUACAGAAACACAAUGAGGAGAACAUCAUCACUAGGUCUCAGCAGAAAAGGAAGAUCAGAAGACAGCAGGAUGUCCUCAACAACCUGAAGAUCAAAUGUGCCAAUCAGGAGAAGCAGUCUCACGAGGAGAACCAGUUACUGACUGAUGACUACAAGCGUGCCAUGCAGCAGUACAAAGACAUGCAGAAGAAGAUGAGGCACUUUGCAGCAGUUGAUGCUAAGCGCUUUGACGAGGUGUGGCUAAUGAACGAGGCUGAGGCCAAAGCUCUGGUGCACAGGGCUCUGGAGAUAGAUCGCCUAAUCCAUGAACAGCAGCUGGGCCUGGCCUGGUUCCCCCCUUCUCUACCAUUCAUGGAGAGCUCUGGGCCUGUCCAACCCCGGCGCCAGGUCCAGCGGACCUCACGGCAGGUGGCCGCGCAAGUCCUUAGUGGCAUGGGCCGCAAGGGAGAUACAGAGGCAGAAAGAGAGGGAAGCACUGUUGAGGGUUCUGAGAGCACAGGAGUGGACCAUAAGACAGUGAAGAGACUGCUGGAGCUGCUGUGUGAUGAGACGGGCUUUCUAAUUGAAAGUAAACUCCUGAAGCUGCUGUCUUCCCUGGAGAAGGACGAGCAGUCUUUUAUGAAGCUGGACUCUAUCUUUUCCGCAGUGGGUAUUGAGAAUGAAGAGGAUGUGUAUAAAAUGGCAGAGUUCUUCGUGAAAUAUAAACUGCAUCAAAAAGAUCAGCCAAAGGAGGACAUUUCGAUCAGUAACAAUGGCGAACUAGUGCCAGAGAAGGACUCUGAUCUUAUCCACCCAAACGAUGUCCUGAGGGCUCUUCGAGCCUUCACAGCCCAGUACUGCAAGCCAAGAGAUGACCCAUCCUGGCAGCAGAGCAGUGUGCUGGCACUGCAGGAGAGGGAUGACUCUGAGGAUGCUGCGUACUGGGAGAGCAUGGCCAAGGUCAUCUCCGAGUCCAAACUCAAAGUGUGGGAUGCACUGGAGGCUGCUCUCAAGAAAUAUCAUACUGUGCUGACUGAGAGAUCUAAGCUUCUGGUUGAUACUGAACAUCUCAAACAGCAGAACUCGGAGCUCAGGAUGCUCCUGCACCAAUAUCAACUCAAAGGUCAAUGCUGAACUGGAGAUUCCACCCACGCAGGUGAUACAGCUGAUUUCCGAAUGACACCACCCCUCCUUCAUCAGAUCAGAACAAUCAGAAGAAAAAAAAUACAUAUUGCUUGUGUUAGACUUAAAACGUGUAUAUUUGGAAAUAUAUA